CAAAAGCAAGGCCGUGGCGAAUGUGACAAGGCGUCCUCCUCCACCUGGGUCCAUGCCAGUCGUUGGACCACAUCAUUUCAUUCAAAAGGUUCACCAUUCAGUUCUGCGCACCAUGAUGUCGGUGGUCUGGCAAAAGUGGCAUGAACUUUCUGACCUACCAUCGACUCCCAGAAUGGUUGUCAUUCUCCCGAGAUGCCAAGCCAGAUGAUUGGCGGGUGAUGGCGCAGUGUGGUUGCUUCUUGCGGCCACUACGGUGGAUCUAUCUUUAGUUGAUCUUUAUGGCCCCGCUGCGUGUUGCAAAGCAGCUGAGAUAGUCCGAAGCACCGCGGAUGCGGUCGCCGAACCGUAAGAGCCCUUUGACCGGGCCCAUGCCAUUCUUGCAAAUCAAGUAAGUGUAGUUCAAGAGUGGAAGGUUUCAGGGUGAGCACAGGAAAGUUUGACCCUGAGCUCUGCUUUUUCUGAGGCACGCACCGAUUAUGGAGGAGGUUGUUGUGGAAUGUCAGCAAGGAGGGAUGGACUCCUCUGCUGGUGAUGUCGGCAUGACCUCCAGCAAGAAGCGGAAACCAGAGGAGAGUGAUCCUGGCGAGCAACCCAGCCUGAAGCGGGCUGAGAUAAGUGACAAGGACGAAAGUGCCCUGCCUGGCAGCAGUGGUGGCCAGAUUAAGUCGGUCGGUUCCAAUGGGAAUCUCCUUGAAGGAGGGGGGCAGACAGCGGAGGAAGCAGACGCAGUAGAACCUGCUGAUAUUCUCAAGAUGAAUGGACAGCUGCUUGAGCUGGUGCACGAGCUGGAGGCUCACCUGUUUGAUAGCGGCAAGCCAGUGCAAAAAACAAAGUUUUCUGAGUCUGUGGAGGCCAGCCAGCAGCGGUUGAAUCGGUAUAAGAAAAAGAAGCACAGGAUUGCGACACCGGCUUCUAUCCCCCCUGUUGAGGUGCGCCGGAAGCAGGGUGGGAUCCCAGCGGCGGGUUCCAUGCCCGCGAGCACAGCCAGCACUUUUGGCCACGGCAUCGUGUCACCAUCAGUGUGGAGUCAGGGGGUGUUCUCCAAUGUAGUAGCUCCGGGGGGUGCUGCCGGAGGACAGGGGCUCGCUUCUUUGUUGCAAACAGGGGAGGAGACGCCGGUGAGUGAGUAUAAGCAGGCCGGCCAGGAAAGCCAGAAGCCUGUAGAGGGCGCAAGCGCCCCAGGGGCCAAGGAUGACAAACCGGCCAGCAGCGGGAGCGGGCAAGGGAGUAAAGAGAAGGGAGAGGAGGUCGACGGCGCGGCGGAGGGCGUGGCCGCUCGAGGGGACGAGGCGCUUGCCAAGCUGGUCAUCCAAAAGGAGGAGGAGAUCGGAAAGCUGCGCACAGAAUUGCAAGCCAUCCAGCAGCAGACUGGGGCGACAGCGAGACCUGAUGCAACCCAGGCUUUGCCACCGAGGACCCCGAUGCCUGAUGCAGCUCAGGCUUUGCCACCAAUGACCCCGAGAGGCCCGUCAGGGAAUGCCCCCCCAGCCGCUCUGGCGGCCACGGUCGCAGAACUGGAAAAGAAGCUAGCAGAGGUGACUGCCGAAAACACAGCGCUCCAGACGACAGUCAAGGCUGCGCGCGCAGAUGCUGAGAAACAAGAAGUGCGCAUUGCCACCCUGGAGAGUAUCAUUAGCAAAAAGGACGCAGCACACACAGAGCUGGCGGCGCAACUAGAGGCAGCUCGGAAAGGCACAGAGGGGGAGGGAUCCCACAGCGACAGCGAGCUGAAAAACGAGGUGCGGCAGCUAAGGGAAGCGCUGGAGGUGGUGCACGCAGUGGAAGGCGAGCUGCGGCGGCAAAGUGCAGAGAAGGACUCGCGCAUCACUGCGGCGGCGAGCAUUGUCGAGCAGCUGAAGCAGGCAACGGAGCACCUGCAAGAGGAGAAGAAGCUGAAGGAGGCGGAGACGGUGCAAUUGCGGCGGGAGAAUGGGGAGCUGCAUGCGCAGGUGGCGGAGGCAAUGCGGCUGCUGAAUGCACAGGAGGAGUCCAUUGCGGCUCUGCAGAAGCAGCUACAGACAGCAGCUGAUCCAGUGUCGCCCCCGGUGAUCGAGGCUGCAGAGGCGCAGGCGGCCCGGUCCAUCCUGGAGGUCGCCAAAGAGUUCAACGUGAAGACGAUCGACAAGCUCAAGGUGGAGCUGCAGAAGGCGCGCCUGGUGGAGAGCCUCGAAGCCGCGCUGCAGCAGAGCAUCAAGGAGCUAGCUCACCAACGCAGCGGGCAGCACCCGGGAGAGGCCCCGAGCAAGGCGCAUGACACGGGGCUGCUGCGCUUGCGCGAGCUGGAGGCCGUGCUGGCCAAUCUGGAGCGGGAAAAUGCGGGGCUCAGGCACGAGCUGGCGGACGCCGUGAAGGACAAGCGUAAGGGCAAGGACUGGGAGGAGGAGAAGCUGCAGAAGCAGCUGGACAACAAGACGCGCGAGGUGGAGGACUUGAGCAAGGACCUGCAGGCCAGCUACGUGCAGCACUCCAAGGUGCAGCGCAUGCUCGAGCUCCUGCGCGAAGCCAACAUUGGCUCUGUCGAGAAGGUGCGCAUCAUGAUCAAGCGGCAUCAACAGUUCGACUCCCUUGAGGGGAAAGUGCGCACCCUGGAGGCCGAGAACGCCUCCCUACAGCGCAAGCUCAAGCGCCUCCAGGGCGCCCCGCCCGACGUGGGCUCCCCCGCCGCGGAUCCCCAGAAACCGUGGGUACGGCCGGAGGGAGCCCCCGGCAAGCCGGCCGAGACCGACGACAACUCCCGGGAAGACGUCCCGAUCGCCAACCGGAAGCUGGGCAAAACGAAUAGCGUGGACGGGGACAGAGUGGAUCGAAAUAAAGGUCCCGAGGGGGAGAAAACGAGCGGGGAGGGGAAGGGGGCGGAAGGAGAGGGCGCGCUGGCAUUAGGGGCUCCGGAUUUAGAGGCGCUGGUGAGCCGAGUUGGGGGGGAGCUGGGGGGGCCUAGGGACGAGGAGCGGCUGCGGGACCUGCUCAAGGCGGCGGAGAGGGUCGGCGAGCUGGAACAGGCUAUCGCGGAGCAGAAGCACCGCGCGGACAAGGCUGAAGCGCGGCUGAAGAAGUCGAAUGCGGACGACAAGACGAGCGCGAGCGAGAGCCAGGCGCUGUCCGCCAUGGUGCGCGUGCUGGGCCUGGAGCGGGGCGGGAACGAGUCGGGCGUCGUCGCGAUCGAGAAGGCGCUCCAGGCGGCCGCCUCGGAGCGCGAGGCGAUGAAGAAGGAGCUGGAGCAGAAGCGGGAGGAGGUGGACGUCAUGGCGCGCCGGCUCCGCGACAUCUCGCACAAGAACGCCAAGAUGGAGGAGCUUCACCAGGCCUCGGCUGAGGCGGCUGGCGAGGCGGCGGGCCUCCAGAUGCAGCUCAUCACGAGCCAGUCCAUGCUGCAACAACUGCAGCGCCGCAACCGCAGCCUGCUCAUGGACGCAGCGGCUGCGCAGGCCGUCCUCGAACUUCUCCGCGGCCCUUAUAUAAGAGACGUGGGCCAGCUGCAGCUUCUGCUCGAGCGAGCAAUAGAGCUCAGCAUUAGUGAACAGCGAUGAGCCGCUUACUCUUGAAGAGGGCGUCAUCCACGCAACUGGUAGUGACUAGCAGAUGGACGUUUAGUGUGAAAAUGGCGGGACACGCAAGGGAGUGUAAUGUUUGGGACUUGAUCGACUGCUUCGAUCUGUUAAAGCGAGCUGCUUCCAAUACCAACCAUGCUUUGUACCAAAGGGCACAUCUGUUUGUGAAUAGUGGUGGCUGCAUCUUUGAUGGCUCUAUAUCUUGACAUACAGUAAUCCUUAAGGCAGUGCUGGGAAUGGCAGGCUGAUCUAGGCAUGAGGAGUAAGUAACUGCGUAUUUCUAUCUACAUUUUGUGGCAUAGGCACCGGGUUUCUAAAUUUAAAGACCAGGUCUUUCAACCUCAGGACAGGUAAACCUUCUGCAGUUGUACACUUGUGGUGCAAUCGUGCAUGGUGCAGAGCUUCUAGAUUUACCGAGCUGGUAUACAUAAGGGUUCCAGACAUUUGAUGACUCGCCAGAGCUUACAACAAUGCUGGUGUGAAAGGGAUUACGUCGCUGCGUAUAUCUAGUACUUGUCGCACCCGGCUAGGCUUGUGACAGGAGUCAGUACAUUUAUAGGAAAGAGUGUGAGUGCAAGCUAAGUGAACAAUUACCUGGUUUUAUUUUCGAGGCAUUGUGGCAUCGCAUGAUUCAAUCUUGGAUCGUCAUUUGAGCGUAAUAUAUUCACGGA